AUGCGCCUGAACGAAGACGACCUCUACCGGCAAUCCACGCAAUACAAACACUGGUCCUUUACCCCCUCUGACCUUACGCGCCUCCGCCAGAAAACCAACGCCCACGCCGCUACCCAAGUCAAACUACACAUCGCGCAGGACCGCGUCGAGCGCGCAAAGCUCGCCACCCUCGAUGUCGCCUCCGCGCCUGAAAGCGGUGCAGACACCCCAAACGGCAAUGGCGCAGGCACAGGUGCAAACACGCCGGUACCAGGCGGCGCGGGGGACAAAGGCGGGGAGGUAGACUGCUUGACAACGGAAGAGGAGAACAUGGUGGUCGAUAAGUUCUGCGAAACUGCGAUGAAGCUAGGUGACUUUCUGAAGCUGCAGCCGGACGUUACUGCCACAGCCAUACAAUUUAUGCGCCGCUUCUACCUCUACAACUCCCCCAUGACCUACGACGGUACCAAAAUCUCCAAAACCGCGUUCUUCCUCGCCCUCAAACUCGAGCUCGGCACCCGCGCCGGCUCAGCCUCAGAUUUCGCCUCACGACUCCCCAAAACCAGCCGCGACGACAUCGUCGCGCCCGAAUACACAAUCGUGCAAGCUCUGCGCUUCAACUUCGAAGUACGGCAUCCAUUCCGCGGGCUCAAAGGCGUGCACCUAGAACUCGAGGACAUGAUACGCGGGAAUUAUGCCGUCGCGCACGACGGCCGCACACCAGCAGAGCUCCGCGGCGAAGCGUUGCAAGCACUCGAGGUGGCGGAGGAGGAGGAAGCAGCAACUAAGCUAGGCAAUAUCUACGCGCACACCAAAGACAUCCUCACCAUGGCCGCCCAACUCACGGACGCGUACUUCCUCUACACUCCCUCACAGAUCCUCCUAGCAGCGCACCUCCUCGCCUCCCCCGCCCUCACGACCUUCUACCUUGCCACCAAAAUCCCUUCUUCCUCCCCGGCCUCCACGAAAAUUCUAUCCACACUACAAUCCUGCGCGGAUCUUCUGUCAAGCCAUCGGAGUUAUAGCAAAAAUCCCGCGCAGCACAAGCUCGCUUGGGCGGAUGGUGAUCCCCCGGCGACGAAGAAAGCGAUGAAGAAGCUUCGAGGGUGCAAAGAUCCCACAACGCAGGAUCUCGUCGCUCUGAACGCGGGUAAAAAGCGCGAUGUCGUUCGCGAUGGCACACUAGAAGAGGGGAAGGCAAAGAGACGGAAGCUAAACAGAGAAACAGCGGAAAAGGAAAACGAUGCGUUUUGGGGACCUGAGCUGAAGAAGGAAGGUUAG